AUGUACAUACACGCCUCAGCCAAGUUCUUGAACUCAAUUUUUCAUAACACAAUGCAUGAAUAUGAAUACCCUUGUUGUGAAUCUAAAUUCUGGUUAUUUCUAAUUACAUGUCUAGUGAUUGUGUCAUUGGCAGGCAUUACAUCAGGCCUAGCAUUAGGAAUAUUGUCAUACAGUCCGGUCGAUCUCGAGGUUCUCAUUAAAGCAGGCAGACCAAAAGACAAAAAACAUGCAGAAAGGAUUCAACCUUUUGUUAAAAAUGGACAUUUUGUCUUGUGUACUCUUCUUCUUGGAAAAUCAUUGGCUAUGGAGGCACUGCCAAUUUUUAUGGACAUGAUAAUUCCAUCAUGGUUCACUAUUCUCAUGUCAGCACCUUUGGUGACUGUGUUUGCAGAGAUUUUGCCUCAAGCUGUUUGCGCUAGAUAUGGACUUACUUUUGGAGCUAAAUUGGCUCCCUUUACUCAUUUUCUUCUGCUCAUCUUCUUUCCAAUAACUUAUCCAGCAAGUAAGGUACUUGAUUGGGCUCUAGGGAAAGAACAUUCAGUUCUUCUAAGAAGAUCAGAGUUGAAGACAUUUGUCGACUUACAUGCAGAUCAGGCCGGAAAAGGUGGAGAAUUAUCUCAUCAUGAAACUUCUAUAAUCGCAGGUGCUAUGGAUUUGACUCAGAAGACAGCUAUAGAUGCAAUGACACACAUAUCUGAAAUUUUUUCUCUUGACAUAAAUUCCAAACUAGACAUGCAUACAAUGACACAGAUAAUGAGUAAAGGUCACAGUAGAGUUCCUAUACAUUCUGGCAACCCAAGAAAUAUUAUUGGUCUCAUCUUGGUUAAGAAUUUAAUCUUUUGCCGCCCAGAAGACGAGAGUCCAAUCAAGAAUUUGAUUAUCAGGAAAAUUCCUAGGGUAUAUGAAAGUUGGCCAUUAUAUGAGAUAUUGAAUCAAUUCAAGAAGGGUCAUAGCCAUAUGGCCGUUGUGUUGAAGGGAAACAUGGAGACAGAAAGCAAUGAAGCGGCUCAUGCUGUGGAUUCACCUAUAUUUUUGAAUAUAAUAACUAAUAAAGAAUCAAACCAUGCUCAAAUUAAUGGAGGUAACAUCUUCCACAAUAUAGCUAGCCAAAUAUAUAUGAAUCAAAUUCUUCAUAUGUACUAG